CAGAAAAACAGAACCAUUACUGUGACUUUCUCUGCUCAGUCAGACGCUGCCACUGCCACUGGGUCACUGCCAUGCUGGCUUUAAUAAAGGAAGACUCACAGUAGCUAGGGCGAAAUGACAAAAUAGCUAAUAAAAAUAAAGUAAAUCUCCGUUUCUGCUUUUCCUGAUUCUGCAGCGAUGAUCCAUCGUUGUAUGGCAGGCCGUUUUGACAUUUAUUAAAAACGCUUUCCGUAUGUUUCCCUCCUCGGAGGACCGCUCAUCAGGUGCUAUUGUCUGUUUCACCUUUCACCCAGCUGCUCUGCUGUCAGCCCCGGCUCGUCUGCGCUUCUAUCCGCACCAGCGUCUGCGGUUUGUUGGUAAACACGAACCCGGCGGCAGGGACUCCCUCUGGUGCAUUGAUGCACCCGUUUCAGUGGUGUAACGGCUGCUUCUGUGGUCUGGGACUGGUUUACUCGAACAAGUCGUGCACCAUGCCGCCAAUCACCUUCCAGGACCUUCCCCUCAACAUCUACAUGGUGAUCUUUGGGACAGGCAUCUUUGUCUUCAUCUUGAGCCUCAUCUUCUGCUGCUACUUUAUCAGCAAACUACGACACCAAGCACAAAGUGAGCGCUUUGGCUACAGAGAGGUGGUGUUAAAAGGAGAUCCGAAAAAGUUAAACCUUCAUGGCACGUGUGCCGUGUGUCUGGAGGACUUUAAAGUGAAAGACGAGCUCGGGGUGUUACCAUGCCAACAUGCUUUCCACAGGAAGUGUCUUGUAAAAUGGUUGGAGGUGCGUUGUGUGUGCCCCAUGUGCAACAAACCCAUAGCGGGCCCCCCCGAGCAGCAUCACAGCAUUGGAACUCUGCUUGAUGAACUGGUAUAGCCUCCGGUUUAGCCGAAUGGGAGCCUAGUGCUUAGCCACAUCAUGACCUGCAAGAGCAGGGACACGCUGUCGAAGCACAGCCAGUCAUCAUGGGGUAACCUAGAUACCACCAGGAGAAAGGCCUCUGAGGGUUGCUGUGAGAUUAUUUUCAGCCACCCACACACCCCUCCACCAUUCUUCUUUCAGCAUCCCUCCCUGCACCCAUUCCUUCACAUCCUUCACUGCUGCCUGGAAUGAGGUUAACGGCAUGGCUGAGGAGGAGGAGGAGGCAGCCGUUCUGCUGCCGCUUGGACAACAAUUAGCGUUGACAGGAAGAAAAACAGCCUAAGCGAGGAGUCAGUGUUCCAGCUUUGCAUAUGACAGUGGGCACAAGCAUGAAGUCACCAGCUGACAUCGCCUUUCAGAUGACGAUUUUCUGAGAGGGAAUAAAAGACAAAUGCAGACAGAAAUCCUGUACUGUUCCUUGUCAUUAAUAGAGGCCCAGUAGAACAGGAGCACUUUCUUUAAUUUAACUCAAUGUGGUUAAAAGGUUCAAAUAAAUAAAUCAGUGUAAUAUGUGGGGUUUUAACUGUCAGCUUAACUAGAGCUAAAUAAUUCAAUCAAUUUUGUAAAAAGAAAGCCUGUUCUAAUAUCUAUUCAACAGACACACUAUGGCAUUGGGUUUAUUUAAGAUGUUAACACAAUUUCCUUAUUUCCCAGAUAUGUUUUUGUUCAGAAAAUUGGAAGAUAAUCAUCCUGUCCAUCACUGUCACAAUUUGAGGCUAAGUAAGUGUAUUAGAUUGAGAAGUAUAAAAAUAAACACAAUUUAAAGGAUUUUUUCACCCCUAUUUUGAGAUAAAAAAAACGCAUUUUUUAGAAUACAGACCAAAAGCUGAGAACAUAAUUUAAAUAUAAAAUAUGUAGAAGAAAGAGGGGAUUACAUGAAGUGAUUUGAGAUAAUUUUAUCAAAAUUUUUUUAUUGGUUCGUUGGAUGAAUUGUCUUCUCUUUGAUCUGCUUGGAAGAAAACGUCUCAGCUUCAUCCUUGCACUCAGUGCCAACAUUAAGCCAAAUUAAAUGUUAAAAAAUUACUUUUCUUUUUUUUACUCUGAUUUUAAGUUUAGUUUUUUCAGAUAUUGACUUAAGAAGUAAAAUUAUUUUUCGUUUUUUUUUUUUUACAUCAGUCUUAUAACUAACUUAUUAUUAUUUGAAGUUAGAGAAAGGAAACUGAAUCACCUGUUGAUUAAAAUCUAUAAUGAUUAUUAUUUUAACACAUUUUUCUGUAAUUAAGAGAUAAAAGUGGGCUGUUUCCUUUCUGCAAAUUUUCCUUUAAUCUCUGCAUCCUGAUUUGAAAAUGACAUUUUUUUUGUUUAAUCCAUAAAAUAAACAUUUUUUAAGUAACCUAAAUACACAAUAUUAUGUAUAUGAACAAAAAAAGUUUAUAAUUUUUGCAGAUUGCACUUUGAACUCACUAAUCUCUGUAAACGUUUUAAUGGAAUAAAAUAAGUUAAAAGGGAACAGCAGGACUGCAGGGCCUCAGAGACUAGAAAUCCAGCAUAAACAUGUUUGUCAGGAUUGUCUUUCACAUUCCUCCCUAAAGUGUUUUUGUUCUCCUUAAAAGCCUAAUACUGCCUGAAAAAAGCUCAAAACCCACAGAGCACAUUGUUGUGAUCAUGCCAGACACCUGCACUGUAUUGAAAUUGUAAAAUAGUAGAGAAAAAAGGGGGAAAAGGUGAUUCUGAAGUGACCAGCAAAACAUUUUCUCUCUGACUCCAGCCACAUUCCACGUUUUGUAAGACAACAAAUGUAAAUGACUGAAAAAGUGAAACAAAACAAAAAAUAAUAAAGUUA